CUUUCACCCUGGCAACCGCGGCGCGGCGACGGCGCGCGCGGGCUGGGCGCGGCCGGGUGGGGCCGGGCGGUGCAGGUGCUGGCUGGGGCAGUGCAGUGAGUAGCGGUCUUGGGGUGUGCGAUCUCGCUGAGCCUCCUCACACGGUUCGUCGUUUCGGGUUCGAGCCCAACCGGCUUAGCCCCUCGCCAUGGACUCCCAGAAAGAAGCUCUACAGAGGAUCAUUUCAACUCUGGCAAAUAAAAAUGAUGAAAUUCAGAACUUCGUUGAUACACUAAAUCAUACACUAAAAGGAGUUCAGGAAAAUUCAUCCAACAUACUCUCAGAGUUAGAUGAAGAAUUUGAUAGUUUAUACUCUAUACUGGAUGAAGUAAAAGAAAGUAUGAUUAACUGUAUCAAGCAGGAACAAGCUCGUAAAUCCCAAGAGUUACAGAGUCAGAUUAGUCAAUGUAAUAACGCCCUGGAGAACUCUGAAGAACUAUUAGAAUUUGCAACAAGAUCAUUAGAUAUAAAGGAACCUGAAGAAUUUUCAAAGGCUGCCAGACAGAUCAAGGAUAGAGUCACAAUGGCUUCAGCCUUUCGCCUUUCUUUGAAACCAAAGGUCAGUGACAACAUGACUCAUUUAAUGGUGGAUUUCUCACAGGAAAGACAGAUGCUGCAAACUUUGAAGUUUUUGCCAGUCCCCAAAGCUCCAGAGAUAGAUCCAGUAGAGUGUUUGGUGGCAGAUAACUCUGUAACAGUAGCUUGGAGAAUGCUAGAAGAAGAUAAUAAGAUUGACCAUUUUAUACUGGAACAUAGGAAGACUAAUUUUGAUGGACUUCCACGUGUGAAGGAUGAGCGAUGCUGGGAGAUAAUUGAUAAUAUUAAGGGUACUGAAUAUACACUAUCAGGCUUAAAAUUUGAUUCAAAGUAUAUGAAUUUCAGAGUGCGAGCUUGUAACAAGGCUGUGGCUGGAGAGUAUUCUGAUCCAGUGACUCUAGAGACCAAAGCACUUAACUUCAAUUUGGAUAACUCCUCAUCCCAUUUGAACCUGAAAGUUGAAGAUACCUGUGUAGAGUGGGAUCCUACUGGAGGAAAAGGUCAAGAAAGUAAAAUGAAAGGAAAGGAGAACAAGGGCAGUGUCCAUGUUACUUCACUGAAGAAACAUACAAGAAGUGGUACACCGUCCCCAAAACGAACAUCUGUAGGCUCCAGGCCACCAGCAGUAAGAGGCAGUAGAGAUCGUUUUACUGGAGAAUCAUACACGGUGCUGGGAGACACUGCUAUUGAAAGUGGACAACAUUAUUGGGAGGUCAAGGCCCAGAAGGACUGUAAAUCCUACAGUGUGGGAGUAGCAUACAAAACGUUGGGGAAAUUUGACCAAUUGGGAAAGACAAACACUAGUUGGUGUAUCCAUGUCAACAACUGGCUACAAAACACAUUUGCAGCGAAGCAUAAUAAUAAAGUCAAAGCUUUGGAUGUUACGGUUCCUGAAAAAAUAGGUGUAUUUUGUGAUUUUGAUGGAGGUCAACUUUCAUUCUAUGACGCAAAUUCAAAACAGUUGCUAUAUUCCUUUAAGACAAAAUUUACUCAGCCAGUACUACCUGGUUUCAUGGUAUGGUGUGGUGGACUUUCUUUGAGUACUGGGAUGCAGGUUCCAAGUGCUGUGAGAACACUUCAGAAAAGUGAAAAUGGAAUGACUGGUUCAGCUAGUAGCCUGAACAAUGUUGUUACUCAAUAGUGUCUACUCAGAAUACGUUUACCCUCCGUCUUGAUUGGGUGGCCUUUUCUGUGCAGUUAUUAAUCACAGGAAUUUGUGAGUAGUGAAAAUCAGGUUUGCUGUGUUCUGCUUUGAGGCCUGGAAUCUGUUAUCAUUAAACACCUAGUUCGAAGCAUUUGCAGGAACCUACUGUACAGUAUCAUAGAAGCAAGCAGAUACCAAGCAAAAAACUGAUGAUUGAAGAGUAAAUGGGGGAAAAGGCAGUGUUUAAUUAACGUAAAAACUCAUUUUUUAUUUCUUGGAUUACUUUGACUCUUCUAAUGUUUAAUUACAUAUAGUAACCCUACGGCCUGGGGAGAAAAGCUUUUAAAUCUUGCCUUCUUUCUUCUGUACUUUGUCUUUUUAAAAUCUCAUUACUAUCUCUUAUUUAGUUCUAACACAGAAGCUUUAAAAAUACAUAGUCCUCUAAGGUUUUCUAAAAAUUGAAAUCAUAUGUUGGGAAUGAUAAAAAGGUUUUCAAAUGGUUUAUUUUUCCUCUUUUAUAAAUAAGUUUUACAAAAUUAUCCCCUUUUGUUUAUUGACUAGGUUGUAUAUAAUUUUCUUUUUUUCCAAAAUACUGUGAUAAGAAAUUUCUAGACACAACAGCUUAAAAUCACCCAAAUUUCAGUUUUUUACCUACUGCACUAACAAUGGCAAGGGGGGUAUUCUUUAUAUGUUGCCUUGUUUAACUAGAGUUCUUUUCAUUCCAUCACUUUAUGUGAUGGGUAAGAUUUUUAAAAGCCUUAUAUUUUUUGAUUUUGUUGUCUAGUUUAAUCCUACGUUUAAUAGUUGUGUUUGGUAAAAUUCCCACUUGAAUGUGGCACUGAUAAUAAUUAUGCUGAUUUUUAACAUCUCUAAUAGGAAAGAAAGUUUGUUAAAGUUACAUAGAAGACUGAAAAACAUAUAUCACUUAAUUUUUAUCUAAGAAGGAUAGGUUAUAAAGGAGGUACCUAAAUACUCAAAUAAUGUAUAUAUUCUUUAUCAUAACAUAUGGAAUGCUUUAAGAAAUUGUUUUGAAAAAAAUCUGAGUAUCUUUGACUUAAUUAGCACAUGAGUUUUCAAGCAGCCAUUCAUUUAGAGGUUUGUUUUCUCUCAGUCCUUUUGCUACAUUCACUUUCUUUUUAAAGAAAUGUUAAUUAUUACAAAAAUUGACAUAGAUGUCUUUCCCAAACCUGGGGUAAAACCCAUGGUUAAGUGGAACAUAACUAUUCUUAAAAAGUCAAUUAUAAUUUGUAAUUCACAUCCUUUGAGCUAAACUAAGUUAAAAUUACAAUAUUUAAUAAUUCCUUGGGCAGUUUUAAGAGGUCUGAAUUUGUAUUUUUCUUAAUUUUUUAAACUUUUCAUUUCUCUUGUUGACUUUUUCCAUUCUCAUUUAAAAUAUAUUGUGCUAUGAUAACCAACCUUCUUCCAAGGAGUGACUAUUACUGCCUACAUUUGAGUUGCUUUCUACAUAAAGACCUGUGUAAUAGUAUUAAUAAUAGCUCAUUCUCUCUAAAAAUUUACUGCUGAUAGGAUGUUUUGUUCCUUUGAUAAAACAAAUGUAAAUGAGGAAUUUUAUUUGAAUUGGAAUAUUGUUUUUCCAGAGGACAUUCAUAUCUGCACUAUUAUCUGAUGACAUGUUGGUAAUUUUAAAGACUGCAAGGCAGUUUAGAGAAUGAGUAAGCCAAUAGAUAGUCUUUUGAUUCUCCAAAGAAAUAUAAUUUUGGUUUUUGUUCCACAGAGAGAGUUAGAAAGAAAUUUUUAGAUAUUCUGUUCACUAUAGAGGGCCUAUUCCAGGAUCUAAAUAAAUGGGAAUUUAUAAUUCCCUUCAUAGACUCAAACCUAAAAGCAGAAAUUUUUAGUAGUUGAGUUGCUUUAAGUGAAUUUUAGCAAAUAUGACACAGAAAAGGUCAGAUGCUGUUGUAUAAAAUUUUUUAUUACUAUGUCUUAUAUAAUUCUUUCUUCUUAUUAAUUCAGUGCCUUUUUCCUCUAAGCAUACUCUUGGUCCAUGCCCCAUGCAGUGUCAACUGAUAUUUAAGCUACAGAGCAUUGUUACAGUGGUGAGGGCCCUCUGUUGCAGGAGCAUGGGGAAAAGCAUAUAUGAAUCAGGGGCUGGAGGAGUGUACAUGAUUCUCGUGUUCAUGUCGUCAUUUGAAACUCUUCACAUAAAAUUUUCUAAUAUUCAUUUGGAAAACCUCUCUGCUGGAGAGGUUUCAUCUCUGAGAGGUUUUGUAGUAAUAGUGUAAGUUCAGUAAAUCCAGAGUCCAAAUUCUCAUCACAUGUAUUACUUGAUAUUAAAUUUUGCAAUUAUUACUUCAAAAUAAGAGUCUGAGGAUUUCUUCUUACUGGCCUUCUUAAAGGUCUCUAAAAUUAAAGAACAAAAUGUGUUUUUUUGUUUAAGAUGUUUUUAGUUUAUUUGUUGUUAAGUUAAACUGGAGAAAGUGUCAUCCUCAUUUUCAAACUGAAAACUAAUCAAAUAUAGUGCCUAUUUAGUCUCAAAAUAAGGUAACUAUUAACUUGAUUAUAAUAUAUAAUAUUCUCAUUGACAUUUGAAUUUUAAAAUGUUGAGCUCUUGCUCAAUUUUAUACAUUGGAAAAAGUAUUAAAUCCUUUGAAACAUCUUUUGUUGCUUAUUUAGUUUUUGUUCCCACAGGUCAAACAUGAUUGCUUCCUAUAAAAGAAAUGCAUGAGAGGUUGACUAUAAUGGAUAUACCACAGGUGUAAAACAGUUGUUUGAUAAAAACAUGCAUUUAGUAUGACAUUUCUCGUUUAGCAACUGAAUUCCAAACCAGUUUUAUUAAGCUGGAUAUAGAAAUGAAGGAGCUGCCUUAAGCACUUUAGAAAAAGAAUUUUUUUACAAUUCAUUUUGACUCUCAUGGCUGACCAUGUUACAUUAUGUCUUUAAAUUUUGGUAAAUAUGUAGAUACUAAGCAUUAAUAACUAAUGCACUCAGAAAUUUAAUAUACAGCAAUUCUUUGAAUGUUCCAGGUGUAGGUAAACUAAUCGAAAGUAUUAAGGACAUACCUGUCUAUAUAUCGGUUUCAUUGAUGGCAUCUGUAUCAUCUUGACAAAUUGUGAACUGCCGCUGUAUAGCUAGACUUUACCUGUUUACUCUGUUCUGCAAACAGUAAUUUUCCCCUAUGUUAUGAAAAGAGACAUAUUGGCUCGCUUUAAUUUACUUAUUUAUGAAAUUAAAGCAUGAAUAAUAUGUGUAAUUUGAAUUUUUUGUGACUGAUCCUUGGCAGUAUAAAUGAUAAAAGUAAAUGUAAUGGAAUCUUUUAAUUAGGCCAAGAUACGCUAUUUCAUAACUUACGUAGAAUGAUUAAUUUUCAUCUAUAUACUUUGUCCAUAAAAUUACAAUUGUUUAUGUAAUUUUAUUGUUUCUUAUGGAAACAAUUGGAAAAGUAUAUGGAAAAUGAUUAUUUCAAAGAAUAUUUAUUUAAAGAGGAAAGUGUAGACGUCUUACUAUAAAAUAUGUGAUUCCAGGCUUAAGAAAUUGAUAUAUUUAAAAAAAUUAUUUUUUAAAAAAUGUAAUUUGUUUUUAAAAGAUCAGUCUCCAUUCAUUGACUAAUUCAUGCAGCAAAUAUUUGAGUGUUCUUAUGGCAGUAAAAAUGUGAUUACUUUGUAUGUACAUUAACCAAAACCAGUGAAGUUUGAUGGACUGUGCGUAUAGUUUUGCAGCUUUUGAGUACUGUGACAGAGUUUGCCUCUUAAAAAUGUUUUGCUAAUAAGUCAGAAGUUUAAAAUGUGUUGUAGUUUGCUAAAAAAAAAAAAAAAUCAAAUUAACUGCAUAUAAAAUGGUUCACUUUUAUAUAGUCACAUGUAAUGGGUCUGAAAAAGUUUCUUCUUUGAUUUUGUAGUUACUCUAGAUAUAUUCUUUUAGGGAAGUGUAUGGUCAACAUAAAUUUAAUCAAUAUACAGAUAACCACAAAGUUGUUAUUUUUAACCAAAAUAUACAUUUCAUAAUGUUGACACUGGAGUAUUAUAAGAGAUCAUGAAUGUUUCCUUAAUUAUCAUGGCAAGAUUACCUCACGUUCAGUAUAGUUUAGUUUUGUGUGUAUCUUACAGUAUGCAUGUUCUGCAAUUAUUUGUGAUCCUGAUAUGUCACAUAUAAUAGCUUUGUUACCUGGAGUAUUUGAUUAACCGAAACAGUUUAAGCAUUUCGAAUUAGUUGGAGUUUAAAUGGAUUACAUUUGGUGUAUGUUGUCUUCAUUGAAAAGAUAUUGUUGGAUAUGCCAUAUCAAAGUUAGCAUUGACUUAUAAAUAAAUACCAGAAUUUGCCAGAGUACACUUUUCUCUUCACAUGACUCAAUUAUUAAAUAAAAGAAGAUUUGUUAUUUCUGGGUCAAUAUAAGCUACUGACUUCUGAUGCAUAAUCACUUAAACUAUGUGAGUUUAAACUGGUAUCUUUUCUUAGUGGUACCCAUUCAAUGUAAGCUGAUCCAUGGGAGUGGACAUGUAGAGGAUUUCACAGUAUGUAGAGCAGAAGGCAGGUGAAUGUGUUUGCUUUGGCUUGGAGCUUAUUAAGUUUUGACUAGGGUUAAAAUAAGUCAAAUAGUAAGUGGUAAAACACAUUUUUGUUAGUAUUGGGACUUUUUGGAGAGCAUAAGGGCUAUGAGAAUGCAUAACUUUUUUUUUUUUUUUAACAUUUCCUUUAUAUCUAAGGUACCAAAGCACUGAGUCUAAUUUACCUAUUAAGGGAGACUCUUUAAAAUCAACUUUAUAACUAAUUCAUACUAUAAGACAGAUAAUAGCUAAAAUUUUGGAAUAAUUUAUAUUAAAAGCCACAAGUCUUAAAAAUCCCUGGAUAUGAUAUAAAAAGGAUUUUGGCUUAUUUUUUGAAGUAUUUAAAAUUAUUCACCUUAGCUCUACCGUAUACUAGAUCUGUGACCGCUGCAUAAAUUGUUUGUCAUCUUUGGGUCUCUAUUGCCUUAUUUAUAAAAUAAGUGUAAGUUGUUCAGCCUACCUCACAGGGCUGUUGUGAGGAAAUAAAGUGAAAUGGAGUAUAUUAACUUGCUUCAGCAACAGCAAAGUGCUAUGUAAAUGUAAAGUAUUCUUUUUAGCUAAUAAUGGAUUUAAGUGUUUGGAUAAUUCUAGAUGCAUUUACUUUGAUAAAGCGUGUGCUUAAAGUGAUAUCACCAGUGAUUUCAAACAUGAUUUUAAAACAAAGAAAACCCCAAUUAAAAUGCUCUUUAAUAUUCAUUUAAUUUGUGCAUGACUUGUGGCCUUUUUAUAUUUUCUUAAGCCUAUUACUCUAGAGCUGUAAAAGCUCUUUCACAGCAUUGGUGUGUCAGUGUAGAAUAGUGGCAUAAAUAAAUGAAUUAAGCUACAUUUCCAUGCAGGCAUUUGCACUUUGAAGUUUGGGCUGCCCAGUGCCACAUGCAAAGAGGGAAUUUGGUCUAAACAGUUCUUUCCAAACAACCAAAUGACUGGGCAGUUUGUUGUCACUGGAUAAAUGAUAUAAAAUGUAACCACUGAAGAUUUGACAACUUUGUUGCAUUGUCAUUUUUUUAAAAAGAUGAAACAUUUCAAAAUCUUGUUAACCUGGAUAUCUUUUGGUAUCUCUCCUGACAUAUUUGUUUUCCUUUAAAUUGGAUUAAAUGGUUUACAGGUUAUCUGAAUCUACAGAUUUAGUAUGUCUAUUAUCUGGACAUGGUUUUACUAUGCAGUUGUGAUAAUAAAAAUUCUAAUUCCUCAGGUUUGGCCUUUAAGUUAUGGCUGAAGACCUUUAAUGAACUACAAAUGAUGUACUCAGUGCUGCACAAUAGUGUUUUAAGAAGCACAUGGCCUCAUUUUCCUUAGAAACAAGACAAAGCCUUUUUAAAAUGUUUUUUUUUUUUCACUUUAAAAUAGGGUAUUCAAAGUGGAGUAACUUGUGUUUUGAAAUGGUUUUGUGUUCUGUAUAGAAUGUCCCAGUUAAGAUUUUACAGAAGCACCUGGAAUAUCUCAUUAAAAAUUUAAAAACUCUU